CAUGAUGGGUGCCAACCGACGAACGGGGGAACGGAAACGGUGCUAUAUAUAUAUAUAUAUAUCUCUUGGGGCCCUGCUCCCCCCCAGGAGUUCUAAGCACGACACGGUGUUGAGAAGAAAUUCUCGCAGGUAUCCGGGUUCGGUUCUCGUACGCUGAAUAGACCGCGCAAGAGCACCCAGGCAAACAUGCAGCUCCUAACGAGGAUCGCGGCGCUCGCGUCGCUGGCUACGCUCGGCAGUGGCCAGCAGCUGCAGCGUGUCAACGACUUCAACGCCGUCCCCACCCGGCUAGGCAUGUUCUCGUACGUGCCGGCGAACCUCAAGACGCCGGCCCCGAUCAUCGUCGCCGUCCACCACUGCCAAGGAUCCGCGCAGGGGUACUUGAGCACCUCUCAGCUACAACCCCAGGCCGACAGGCACGGCAUCAUCCUGAUCUACCCCAACUCCAAGUCCGGCGGCGGAUGCUUCGACGUCGCUUCCACUGCCACUCUUACCCACGAUGGCGGUGGUGACAGCCAGACAAUCGCGAACAUGGUCAAGUACGCGGUACAAAACUACGGCGGAGACGCCAACAGGACCUUUGUAGUUGGAACUAGUUCCGGCGCCAUGAUGGCGAAUGUUCUAGCUGGCGCCUAUCCCGACGUAUUCAAGGCUGUGUCGGUCUACUCCGGUGUCCCUGACGGCUGCUUCUUCGUCCAGGGUUCGACCGCUACCCAGGACCCCCCCGGCUGGGCCAAUGCGUGCGCCAACGGGCAGCUCACCAAGACGGCGCAGCAGUGGGGUGACCUCGUGCGAUCGUACUACCCCAACUACACCGGACCCCGACCCCGAUUGCAGAUUUUCCACGGAACCGCCGACAGCACGCUCCGCUAUCCCAACUACCAGGAGCAACUGAAGCAGUGGUCGGAUGUCCUAGGGCUCACGACGAAGAAGGAUACGGCAAAUACGCCGCAGAGCGGGUACACGCAGACCAUCUACGGCGACGGCACGACGACGACGGCCCAGCUCGUGGGAUACAGCGCCCAGGGCGUCGGCCACACCGUGCCGCAGCACCCGGAUAUGGAUGUCGCCUUCUUCGGUAUCGCUUAAGGGAAAAGAAUCCGGGCUUGGAAUGGGACCCAAAGGAUCAAGCCAACAUGGGUCGUAACCCCCGUUUUGGACUGCGAGUAACUAGGCCAAGUUCUCCUGUAUAUAACGCAGACGUUGCUUAUGGUGGAUGUAUUUGGGCAUACAUAGCUAUUGUACACAUUACCGUGUUCCCCGCAUCAACGUCUCUUUUUGUCGCGGAUCCCGUAGUAAGCCUUGUCGAGACCGCAGCGCUGCUCUCUCACUUCUUCGUCGAGACUUUGGCUAGGUCGGCAAGCGCAUCGCGGCGCUUGAACUUGGCAUCCUGAAUGACGGCUACAA